AUGUCUGCCCCUGCUCCUGCCAAUCGGAGGUCUGGGUCUGGCUCACGCCGAUUCAACCCUCUGAAGGCUCUGCAGCCCAAACGCCGCUUGCAGCAAAUACUGGCGUCCUCGCCCUCGCCGGUGCCCAAGCCGGCGACGGGGUCGGGGACGACUGCCCCAGCGGCUACCGCACCAGCGGCUAAGGCACCAGCCGCUACGGCACCAGUGGCCGUUCCUGUGCCCAGGGCCCCUUCGUUUGACUACUGCAGGUUCAUAGAGCUAGACUACGUCCCCAUGGAGACAGGCUAUAUGGUCUCAAUGCGUCCCACUAAAGGCUCUCCAUCGACCAAAUCUCCAAGUAAAGGAUACACCUCCACCAAGUCUCCGGACCGCCACAACCGUUCCACAACCUCUCCCUCCACCCCUCGUUCUCGGCGGACUCCGGCCACACCCAGUAAUAGAGAUCCCUAUGGCAACACCUCCUUCAGCAGCAGCAGCAACUCUGGCUCUUGUAAAGGCAGCGACUGCAGCCCCACCAAAGGACGUCACCAGAAGUACACUUCAUGUACAGACAACCAUGGUAUUCGGCCACCUCAACCAGAGCAGUACCUCACACCCCUACAGCAGAAGGAGGUGUGUAUCCGACACCUGCGGUCCAGGUUAAAGGAAACCAUGACCACACUGCAAGACAGGGACACAGAGAUAGAUUCGCUGAGAGGCCAGCUUUACAGGAUGCAGGAAGACUGGGUUGAGGAGGAGUGUCACCGUGUAGAGGCUCAGCUUGCCCUGAAGGAGGCACGUCAGGAGAUCCAGCAGCUCAAACAGGCGGUGGAUACUGUCCGGUUGAGGCUCAGUGAUGCAGGAGGAUCCAGUGGGGACAUAGGGGUCCAGAAGUACUUCCAGGAAAUUAACACUCAGAACCACAAGCUCGAGAACCUUUUGCUCAAUAUGGAGUUAGCCCAGGCUGGAUUAGCCAAAGAGGGGGAGGUGUUACCUGGCUGUCGAACCCGUGUUGGGGGUUCGGCGCCAGCAUCAGUAUCUGGGGAGAGUCCAGGGGGAAUACCCAAACCCGGAAUAGGAGGAAGGGGGUCUUGCUCCUGCGAUGGUUCCCCAGCGCGUUCUCUUACCCGGAGCUCCACCUACAUUAAGCUCACUGAUCAGGCAGACCAGAAUGGCAAUGGACAUGACUUCCCUUGUUUGUCAGGUGACGGCACCCAGGACAGUGGCUUUGUGUGCUGUGGUGAGAGCAGCAUUCCCAGCCGGGCCGAUUUGCUGCUGGAGGCUGCCUUUCUCUCUGAGGAAACAGCAGCACUACUCAACUCCUACACACAAAUGCCACACUCGUCCACCUACGAGAAGCUGUGCACAAGUGAACGGAUAAUGCCCUUUCGUUGUGGCAUGGGUGAAGUGGGCUGUAUGAGCCACCCCUGCCUGUCCCACCACCUGUACCUGCAUCCCCUUCGAGAAAUGGGCAUUCAGACUGAAAGUUGCCCCAUCCCUGCUACAGCAGGUUACCCCUCUGAUCUAGAUACCAUUGCAGAGCAACGCACCUUUCGCUCUCAGGCCUGCAGCCCUACCUCCACCUGGAUGUCUGAUGAGGGCGAGGAGGACCUAGACUCUAUCACCACCACAACUUCAGUGACCACAGCGACACUAAUGAGUACGGCAACAGAGCCAAUCCCGGCCUCCAAAACACCAUUGGUCCCUCCUUUACCACGGUCUGCUACUAUGGCAUUCACACCGGAGAGACCUUCAUUGAUCAAGCUGGAAGAUGAUGUGAAGCAGAGCCAGGGCGCAGUAGGAGGAACUGAGGUUGAAAGGCAAGGUCCAGUGGAGGAGGCUGAAUCAGAAAAACUGUCUGACUUAUCAGAAAAAUCAUCAGGGAUGCAUGACGAGCUUCAAUUUGCAGGAUGUUGUGGAGAGAGCAGGCAGAAUGGAACAACAAAGAAAAACCUCACCGCGGAAGAAGUUGGUCUAUCAGCAGGAUCAACUCAAGUCGAGACAGCACAGUUGAGUCCAGGUCAGUCAGAAUUAUCACCAGACGUAGAGCUGCCACAUACCUCCCAGCCGAGGAGAUCUGCUUCCCAUGAGGAGAUAGCUGGCAUCACUGUCGUGGAGGUUAACGAUGAGGAUGAAGACGAAGAUAAAACUAAAGAACAAGACUCAGCAGAGGGUGCCGCAGCAGAGGAGGCACAUUCGUCUGACUCCGAGACAGUUGAGAAAAGCUACUGGAGUCGUCACUUCCUGGUUGAUCUGUUAGCAGUGGCCAUCCCAGUGGUACCAACAGUGGCAUGGCUGUGCCGCGGUCCAGUCCGUGACGGACAGCCCAUGUAUCAUAUAGGGUCACUGCUGCGAGGCUGUUGCACUGUGGCACUGCACUCGCUGCGCAGGGGAGGUGGAUUGAGGCAUUACCCCGCAGGCGGGGGAGAUUUGGGUGGAUCCCAGAUAUGA